AUGGCUGAUUGGCAUGGAGACUGGGGGUUUGACAAUAACGUGCUUAAGAUGGUCGAGAACUCAAUGGCCCCUUACAUGAUUCACAUGGAACGCUACUCGCCGUGGCCAUUUACGACGAAGCAGGGUGUACCAGAAACGCCGCCGAACGCGUUCGAACUGAUUAAGCUGGAGCUCGAACACUUCUGCGCCGAGCACCAGAACACUAAGGACCAGAUGCCUACCAACGCGGAAUUACUUUACGAAAGCUGCUGCGUGAUCUUCGGGUGCGACUCGGUAUCGUUUUCAAAGAGACCUGCAACCUCAACGCAAUCCUGGUUGCGCGACUUGCUCAUGUCAUCCGAGUCGAUCGUGCAGCAAGCACGUAUCCGGCCCAUGAAGGACAAUUCGAAGUCCAGGUUCACGUACCUUAGCAUUAACGGGAAAGCAAAUAUCUUUGAAGCGUGCAGCUUGGAGGAGCAGCUUCUGAGCUAUGUGGAUAUUUCGAAGCUGAUCGAGCCUCAAAUCUCGGACGAGGAACUCCAAAAAGAGGCCUGCAGCAUUGUGGAACGCAUGGAGGCCUCUUCACCUCAUCCAUCCGAAAUCUUUGCAAACUUCCUGAUCAGUCUCAUUAAUGGUUCGGAUCAUUGGCUAGCAGCUUUUCGCCAUCGCGCGAACCUUCCCUCCUCAAGCCUCUACAGUCCGCCGUAUCAUGAGACGCAGAGGCAAGGAGUGGCAAAAUCCGACACGGCUGUCCCCAAUAUUAACCCUACAGGAAACUCUUUCACCGCAUCGGAUCCGACACAGCCGAUCAGUAAUCCAGAUGCCACCGCCUUCGGGCCAUGGUCUGGCACGAAAGACGGAAAAGCCGCGGCUCCGUCUACUUUCUUCGUUAACGAGGACAAUUGUUACCGCAAACUGGUUAGGGAGUUGACCCGGUUUGUGACUAUCACAACCUCACCGCGAAAUCCCAACAGGCGCAUUCCUACUGAUGCCGAGCUCCAGCAUCAGGCGCGCUGGAUCUCGUUUGAAGAGUAA